AACAUAUUUUGUUUCAAAUUGUCAGAUUUGUCCAUGUCAAACGUUUUCAAACUUUGAUAUUUUAUUUGGUAUUUUUUACAAUUUUUUGUGUGUUCAAUAAAUUUUUAAACUUUUCCUUCCGCUCGCGGCGACUGGUUCGCAGCAUUUCCGGUCGGCAACCCGUUUCCCCUGCCAGUCGCCCUUUUGCUUUUGCGGCUUUGCCUCCAUUUUGUGACACCGACCCAUCCGAGUUCCCUAAGCCCGAGGAGUUUAGAGCGGUUGGUUUUAUUGGAGACCCAUUCCAGACCCAGUUGGAAAGAGAUCUUUUCACAAACUUUAUCUGCCGUUCGUGUUUUCGAAAAGGUGAGCCAUGACUGGAAUUGCCAUCUCGAGACUGUCAGAGGAGAGGAAAGGCUGGAGGAAGGACCACCCAUUUGGUUUUGUAGCGAGACCUUCAAAAAGCCCGGACGGCAGCCUCAACCUCAUGAACUGGGAGUGCGCCAUACCUGGCAAAAAAGGAACACCGUGGGAAGGUGGGAGUUACAAACUGAGGAUGAUCUUUAAAGACGAUUACCCUUCGAGUCCUCCAAAAUGUAAAUUUGAGCCACCCCUGUUCCAUCCAAAUGUAUACCCUUCAGGCACAGUCUGUUUAUCUCUUCUAGAUGAAGAAAAGGAUUGGCGGCCUGCAAUCACAAUCAAACAGAUCCUACUUGGCAUUCAAGAUCUACUUAACGAACCAAAUAUUAAAGAUCCAGCACAAGCAGAAGCCUACACAAUUUAUUGCCAGAACAGAAUGGAGUAUGAGAAACGUGUGAGAGCUCAAGCGAGAGCGAUGGCUUCGACAGAAUAAAAGCAAUGACAAAAAACAUUUUUUUUAUGUAUUACACACACAACAAACAAAAAAGAAACAAUUAAACAUUUUGAUAAGUAACUCUGAUCUUUGUUCCGUUAAAGGAAAAAAACAUGUGAUUCCAUGCAAGAUAUUAAAAAAUAUAUUAAAAAAACAACAAGAUUUUUCUUAUUCAUAAUGUUAUUUAUUGUAUAUACAUUAAAUGAAACAUGCAGUUUUGCUUGUCUUGAAUAUUA